CUUUCUUACACUGAGAAAGGCUGGCGGCAAUUGGUGUCGUGACGGAGUGGGAGCCGUUUCGAGAGCUCCUCGCCCGCUGUACAGAGUAGUCAGCGGGGAUUUCGUGCCGCAGGGAGAGGGAGAGCGAGAGGCUUGUCAUGGCACUUUGACUCUUGGCCACGCGGGCUCAAGGCUUGGUAAGUCGAGUCUGCGACGUCAUGCGCCGGUGAUCCUCGAUAAAUACCUCGGUCCGUCCCCCCCCUGGUGUUUCUUAUUGUUUGUUGUUUUUGUUCGUCGUCCUCCUCCCCGGCUAUCACUGUACUCAUCUCCCAUUUCUUGUUCCCGGCCGGCAGUUCACAACGUAUCACCCAGUCGAACAACAUCAAGAUGAGGACAAAGACUACUACCGCCGCCGCCGCCGCCGCCGUUGCCGGUCUCUUCGCCGCCACGGCCUCGGCGCAGAACUCGACGGCCACCUGCGCCACCGGCGUCCACCUCAUCGUGGCCCGCGGCAGCAACGAGGCGCCCGGGUCCGGCCGCAUCGGCAGCGUCGCCAACGGCGUCGUGGCCGCCAUCCCCGGUUCCCAGAUCGCGCCGAUCGACUACCCGGCCGCCUUUGACACCUACAACGGCUCGGUCGCCGCCGGCGACGAGGUCAUGAAGACGGCGCUGGUCCAGUACAGCUCGCGGUGCCCGGACUCCAAGGUCGCCCUACUGGGUUUCUCCCAGGGCGCGCAAGUCGCAGGCGAUGUAUUGUGCGGCGGCACCGAGGACGACGAGAGCGACCAGUUGGACCUGGACUUUGUCGAUACGACACCUGUGCCCUCGUCAGUCGUCGACCAGAGCGUCAUCGCCGUCAUCCUCUUCGGUGACCCGACGCACAACGCCAGCGCACCCUGGAACAGGGGCACCAGCACCCGCAACGGGCUCUUCCCCCGCGAGAACGUCACGGCCUGCGAGGCCUACGCCUCCAAGAUCGAGUCCUACUGCGACACUGGCGACAUCUACUGCGACGUCGGCAACAACACCAGCGUCCACGGGUCCUACUUUGCCAACUACACCGACGACGCUGUCGAGUUCAUCACCGCUCAGUUCAACGCGUCCAAGCACGCGGCCAACGGCUCGGCCACCCCCACCCCGACAGGCGUGCCGGUCUCCGGCGCCGCCGCCUCCGCCCCGGGCCUGUUGGCGUCCCUGGCCGGUCUGUCGAUGCUCGCGGCUUACAUGCUGUAAAGCUGGUGAACGGGGUACCCAUUGAGGGCGGGUGGUAAUACGGGGGUUAAAUGUGGUCUACUAGACACCUACAAUAAAUAGCUGUAGAUAUCUGCACAUAUUCGAUAAUGAAGAACCACGAUCCAAGACCGAACGAACGACAUCAACAACCG